GUUCGCUUCUUUCCUGUCAGCUGUUCUUUCCCUCAUAGCACAGGGAAUGUGUUAUGGGAAAAUAAACACAAGUUAUAUUGGUCGCAUUUAAUAUUUUAACCACACUGGUUCAACUAAUGUUAUUAUGAAUUAGGCGUGGUGAAACCUGGAGACAGUGAAGUGGCUUUGGCUCUGGACGGGCUCAUCAUGUGUGCUUCAGGAAAGUAUAGCUCCAGGGGCCCUGCACUCAUACCUCGAAUGAAGACUAAGCACCGGAUCUAUUACAUCACCCUCUUCUCUGUGGUCUUACUGGGGUUGAUCGCAACUGGAAUGUUCCAGUUUUGGCCUCACUCCAUUGAGUCCUCAGCAGAAUGGAGUCUGGACCGUCGCAGUGUGCAUGAUGCUCCCUUGGUCAGGAUACCUGUGAGCAGCCCUAUUCCCGAGAGGGGUGACCUGAGCUGCCGAAUGCACACUUGCUUCGAUGUGUAUCGCUGUGGGUAUAAUCCGAAGAACAAAAUCAAGGUUUACAUCUAUCCUCUUCAGAGAUUUGUGGAUGAUGUUGGAGUCCCCAUCAGCAGCACCGGGCUGUCUCGAGAAUACAAUGACUUGCUGAGCGCCAUCUCAGACAGUGACUUCUACACUGAUGAUGUGUCCAGAGCCUGUCUCUUCAUACCAUCUAUUGAUGUGCUGAAUCAGAACUCUCUGCGGAUUCGUGAGACGGCUCAGGCUCUGGCCAUGCUGCCGAGAUGGGACAAAGGUAUGAACCACCUGCUCUUCAACAUGCUACCUGGAGGACCACCUGACUACAACACAGCUCUGGAUGUCCCCAGAGACAGAGCUCUGCUGGCUGGGGGAGGAUUCUCCACGUGGACGUACAGGCAGGGUUAUGAUGUCAGCAUCCCUGUCUACAGUCCCCUGUCUGCUGAAGUGGACCUUCCUGAGAGACAACCCGGGCCUAGGCGCUAUUUCAUUCUGUCAUCCCAGACGGCCAUCCAUCGGGAAUACCGUGUGGAACUGGAGAGGCUGAAGGAGGAGAAUGGGGAGGCCGUGCUCCUCCUGGACAAAUGCACUAAUCUUUCUCAGGGAUUGGCUUCGAUUAGAAAGCGCUGCUAUAAGGGCCAGGUCUACGACUACCCACAAAUCCUACAGGAGUCAUCGUUCUGUGUGGUUCUGCGCGGGGCCCGGCUCGGCCAGGCCACUUUAAGUGAUGUGCUGCAGGCUGGAUGCGUCCCUGUUAUCAUGGCUGAUUCUUACAUUCUUCCUUUCUCUGAAGUGCUGGACUGGAAAAGGGCAUCGGUUGUCAUUCCGGAGGAGAAGUUGCCAGAGAUGUACACAAUUUUAAAGAGCAUCCCUCACAGACAGGUCGAGGAGAUGCAGAGACAGGCCCGCUGGUUCUGGGAAGCCUAUUUCAGCUCCAUGAAGGCUAUUGGCAUGACUACUCUCCAGAUUAUUAAUGAUCGCAUCUACCCGUACGCAGCUCGCACCUAUGAAGAGUGGAACAAUCCUCCUAUUGUUAAAUGGUCGAGUGUGAACAGCCCACUCUUCCUUCCUCUCAUACCACCACGCUCGCCCGGCUUCACGGCUGUGGUAUUGACCUACGAUCGAAUCGAAAGCCUCUUCAGGGUCAUCACAGAGAUCUCCAAGGUGCCUAGUUUGGCUAAGCUACUGGUGGUGUGGAACAACCAGAACAAGAGCCCUCCCGAGGAGUUGCUCUGGCCCAAAGUUGCAGUGCCUCUUAAAGUGGUCCGUACGAAAGAAAACAAACUCAGCAACCGCUUCUUCCCGUUUGAUGAGAUCGAGACAGAAGCUGUGCUGGCCAUUGAUGAUGACAUCAUUAUGUUGACCUCAGAUGAGCUGCAGUUUGGAUAUGAGGUAUGGCGUGAGUUCCCGGACAGACUGGUUGGAUAUCCAGGGAGGCUCCACUUGUGGGACCAUGAGAUGGGCAAGUGGAAAUAUGAGUCUGAAUGGACCAAUGAAGUGUCAAUGGUGUUGACUGGAGCUGCGUUUUACCAUAAGUACUUCAACUAUCUCUACACAUAUAAGAUGCCUGGAGACAUCAAGAACUGGGUGGAUGCUCAUAUGAACUGUGAGGAUAUCGCCAUGAAUUUUCUUGUGGCCAACAUCACUGGAAAAGCCCCAAUAAAGGUUACUCCUCGUAAGAAAUUCAAGUGCCCGGAGUGCACAGCGAUUGAUGGCUUGUCCCUAGACCAGACACACAUGGUGGAGAGGUCUGAGUGCAUAAACAAGUUCGCCUCUGUGUUCGGCACCAUGCCCCUGAAGGUGGUCGAACACCGCGCUGAUCCCGUACUCUAUAAAGACGACUUCCCUGAGAAACUCAAAAGUUUCCCCAACAUUGGCAGUCUGUGACACUACCACAGCUCUUUUCCCAUCACUUCCAUCUUUCAGAUCAGACUGUAGGCUGUCCAGCGUUUCUGGUUCCAUAUUUGCAGGAGUGCUGCUCGGCUGAUGGUGCGAUGGGACCUGACGUACUGUAUAACUUAUUUUGUUUCCUUUUUGAGGACAGAACUGGAGGAUAUGCAGUGAGGCGGUUGUUGGAUUACAGGGAGGACAGAUCUGAUCUUGGGUCUGUCUGUUGAUCACAAUGAAAAACAUGUUUUUAUGAAUGACACUAUAAAGUAUAUGUGUGAGGAAAGGGACAGUAGAGGUAAUCUAGCCGUGUGAUGUAUAGAUGAACUUGUUUUAAGAAAAUGCAUCAGACUAAACAUUGAACCACGUAUUUGAUGUGCGAAU